AGUUAAUCCAAUCAUGUUUCUUUGCGCAUGUGGAUCCAUUUUAAUACGAUCACAUAAAGUUGGUGCGUGGCCAAUGACUGCCCUAGUUUUUCUUGCUGCCUGCUGGUAAUUUGACUCGAGUAGGGAUUCUAGGGAAGCCGAAUGCUGCAGCGACCCGAAUGUUGUGUCACGGGGGGCAGCUGAGCAAGACAGAACCGAAGAGAGAUGAGGACGUCGAAGGAAUAGCGGAAUGCAGCAAAGGCCGAACGACAGACGGUGAUCUCUCCUUCUUUACGAUUAAACGCAUGGAAGCUAAUUGAAACUUGGAAUGGUUCAAGAUUCGGAGCAGAAAACCAAAUUGCCUUUCAUUACCACUAUCAGGAGAUUGCCACGAUAUUGAGCAUAAAGAUGCGAGUGGCAUGACAAACUCUUAUCUGGUGAAGGCGACCGUCAGGAAGAAAAAAAAUGCGUCGGGCAAGCAGCUACGCUUUUAGCUUCUUUCUACUGGCUGUUAUUAGCCUCCACGCCCCCGCGGCCUUAUCGGCGGUUUCAGAUGGAAACAGCACGGAAAACGGUACGGUGGCAGAUGGUGGAUUUGUCCCCCUCGUGUUCUCGAAAGUAAACCAGAUUAUCGCCCGUGAGGGCAACUGCGCGCUGAUUGAUUGCAACGUCACCGGAGACCCUGACCCGAAUGUACAGUGGUUCAACUCGCAUGGAGACCUGCUGGACACUGAGACAAGUGGCAAGUGGCUGCUGACAGACGAUGGCAUCCUCAACAUCACCGACAUCAGGUUCGCCGACCGGGGAAAGUACACGUGCAUGGCGUCCAACGUGCACGGCAGCGCCAACUGCACGGUGACCAUGCGGGUGGUCCUGCACAACGGGGACCUGGGGGCCUACUACGUGGUCGUGUGCCUCGUCACCUUCACCAUCAUCAUGAUCCUCAACAUCACGCGCCUCUGCAUGAUGAGCAGCCACCUGAAGAAGACCGAGAAGGCCAUUAACGACUUCUUCCGCACAGAAGGCGCCGAGAAGCUCCAGAAGGCGUUUGAGAUCGCCAAGCGCAUCCCCAUCAUCACGUCAGCCAAGACCCUGGAGCUGGCCAAGGUGACCCAGUUCAAAACCAUGGAGUUUGCCCGUUACAUCGAGGAGCUGGCCCGCAGCAUCCCGCUGCCCCCCCUUAUCAUGAACUGCCGCACUUUCAUGGAGGAUAUCCUGGAGGUGGUGGGGGUUGAGGAGAUGAGGCACACGUUCCUCCGACAGGCCCCAGAGGGGCACCAACUGGAUGGGGCAUCGGGAUGCCGGGCGGCCCUGGUGCAGGGGGCCCUGGUCGGGGUGGGGCCCGGUGACGUCUUCACCGUCCUCCGGGAGAGAGAGAGGGAGCGUUCCGGAUCCCCCGCAGCGGAUUCCGACGACGCGUCGUUGCACGAGCAGCCUCAGCACAUCGCCAUCCAGGUGUCCAUCCACCCCCCGCUGCCCAUGGAGGCCCCGGCUCUGGCUGAGGCCACGCCCACUCCCUUGUCUCCUCCGCCGUUGGCUCCCCUUCACCUGGAGGGGCAGCAGCAAGAGGAGCAGGGUUCCGAGCAGGAGCCAGUGGAGGAGGUGGGGUUGGAAGCAGAGGUGGAGCCAGAGGUUACUACUAAGCUACAGCCUGGUCAGGUGAUCUAUGAAAGCCAUGUGUAAACAGGAGAGAGAAAAACAACAAACGCUCCCGAGGAGGGAUGAAUCAUCCUGUCCUAUGCAUUUCCCAAACCCACCCUCAAAAACAUAGAAUAUGUCAAGAAAAAGGUCAUUUUUAUUUCACUUUUCAACGGAACUAGCUUAAAACUCGAACCUAGCUACGUAUGUAGGUCUGUCUCUGGAUUAUAUUAUAAUAACCUAGUCUGGAUUACAAUACAUUUACUUGAUAAGACAUUGCGUAUCAUCCCUCAUGCUUAUGGAUCUACAUGUUGAAUGUAUUGUGGGAGAGGAGAGGAUAAUCAAUAUUUGAUAUGUAAGUAUAAAGCAAUCUAUAGGGCCAUUUUAUUUGUUUCGUAUUAGUGAGCAGAGGGGGAAAAAAAGAGCUGUUUGUUAUUCGAUUCAAGCAUUCUCGAAAAUCGAUUUUCAGGAAAGCGACUUGACGAUUAUGCUUUAAUUUUGUUGCAGUAUUCUGUUUCAUGAUCAAUUCAUAAAUUGGCUCCAAGCUGACGUCAUGCAAUCACUGUUACUAAGCAGACCACAAAGGCUUUUUUUUUUCCAACUUCAAAAUAUUGCACACUACCACUGUUACAACCAACCUGGACCUGCAAUUUCAGUGUCAUGCUAAAUUCAAAUGCAUUAAACUCAUAUUAAUGACUGAAUAAUUGGAUCAUGACUAACAUUUCAGUGGAUGAUUGAAGACUAGUUGUUUCAGGCCUUCUGGUCUGCGAUCCUUUUAAUUAAUAAUCACAUGACCACUCUAGCCUUUCUAGUAAGUGGUUCAUUGAAAAAUUGCAUUAGCCAUUUUAGUUAUAAUUAUUGUUAUUAUCACCCACCGUGGUGUUUGGAUCAUGCACAACUUCCUAGAUGCUAGGCAUUUGACCAUUUUGCCUUUAUGGUCCCCAUUAUGUUUCCUAGUAUGCAAUAUUUUCCCCCCCCCCUCCCAUUUCUUUUUAAUGGGUCUCAAACCCCAACCCGCUUCCGUACAUGCUUUAAUAACAGGGGCUACACGUGAAAUGAGAGCGAUGUAUUUGGAUUAGUCUUUAACCGGACAAAAUGCUUUCCUUCUGCUUAAUAGUCGGGGGAGGGAGGGGGGUUCGAUGUUGCUCUGCUUUAAAAUGAUGCUCUUGAUGGCUUUUUUUGUAGUGAAAAUAAAAUCUGCUGUGUUA